AUGAGACCCAAGACUGAGCGCAGAGAAGCCUUCGACCAUUUAUCCGGAGCUCGAAGUCUCGCAGCUUUCUGGAUUGUUUGCGCCCACUAUCUGCCGAGGAGUUCCGAAGCAUCCUUCAAUGGCGCCAUCUUCCGCGUGAACGUAGCAGUUUGCUUCUUCGUCGUGGCAAGUGGCUUCGUGACUCACUGGGCCUAUGGUUCAAAAGAUUUCAAAGCAUGGAGCGACUUACUGCGUUUCUAUGUACGCCGGCUUGGCAAGGUAGUUGUCACUUUCUGGAUUGCAUUGGUUUGGGCCGCAUAUCUGCUGUAUCGCGAUGGUGCGGAUCUUUCCCUUCCCUACCUUCUUCGAUGUGCCGUCUUCCUGGAGCAGUGGUUUCAGUGGUGCCCCAAUGGUCCUUCUUGGUUUGUCUUCGUUCUGCUGCCGUCUUGGAUCCUGUAUCCCAUGACCCGAAAACUUCUGUUCACGGCAGAGGAGAAGUACGGAGGUGCCGGCUUGUUUGCAGUCUUGGUGUGCCUUUGGCUCAUCUCCUUCGGCCCUGCAGUGGUUCUGCUGGUUCUGCACGGACAGAUCACCAUGCAGCAGCACUCGGACAUGUCAUUCUGGCCGCCUGCGCAGAUGGCUGACUUUGCUAUCGGAAUGACAGCUGCUGCUGGAGUGCGACGUGCUGGGGCUGAGGGUGACUGGAGACCUUGCAGGCUGAGCCUACUGGCUGACAGCAGCUUCCUCCUCAUCGUGCUGGUUGUUUUGGUAUUGCCGCGACCGCGCUCUACUUACGUGCUACAUCUAAAUGGCUGGGAGCCUCUUCUGGACCAUGGCCUGUCACUGCCCAUCGCAGGAUUCCUGCUGAGCUCGUGCGUGCGAGGAGCUGAAGGCUGGAGCGCUCGACUGCUCGCAAAUCCUGCAUUGGUAUCGCUUGGGGAGGUUAGCUUUGAGGUGUACAUAUUCCAGAGGCCUAUGCAUGACAUGGUCAGCCUUUUCCUCCCGACAGACCAGAUGGAGGUGUUUAUGGUCUACAUGAUAUCCUUGUGGACUUUCGCUGGCAUUUACAGCAGGCGCCACUGGACAGGUGGUUGCGCUGGUGCUCAAGCGAGGGCCGCCAGGGCCGCCAGGGCCGCCAGGGCCAGACUGCCGACCAGGCCCUCGAGUACCUCGUGGUGCCGCCGCUGCAAGGGAGCAGCGACUCAUAGCGAGCAAAAGACCCGCCGUUGUCACGCAAGUGAUGUCAAAGCGUGA